AUGGGGGAUAGGGUCAGCCUAGACAGAACCGCGGGGACUGCCGAUCCGGUCCCCAUCACGAAACCGCUAGACGACAAUGAGCCCGUUGUGAGCUCUUCCACCGCCAAACCGCAGACACGAUCUCUCUGGGUGGCCUGGCUGUACAUCUUCGAUUGGUAUCCCAGCCACUACUCCAAAGAAGAGAAGCGGUUGCUCCGCAAGUGGCUUGACUCGGCCAACAUCAACCACGCAUAUGUCUCAGGCAUGAAAGAAGAGCUCGCUUUGAAAGGAAAUCAAUACUCCCUCUUCGGCACCUUCUAUAACAUCGGCUAUCUAGUUUUCGAGAUCCCCUCAAUGAUGAUCAUCUCCCGCCCGCACAUCACACGCUACUAUCUCCCAACCAUGGAGUGCCUGUGGUCAAUCGUCACUUUCGUCCAGUGUCGCCUGCGCAACGAAUACGACAUUUAUGGCAUCCGCUUCCUCCUCGGCGUUCUCGAGACACCCGCCGCCACCGGCGCAAUAUACCUCCUCACCUCCUGGUAUCGAGGUGACGAGCUUUUCAAGCGUGCUGGAGUUUGGUACGUGAGCUCGAACGUCGGCGCCAUGUUCGGAGGAUACCUCCAGGCCGCCGCGUACAACAACCUGAGCGGCGUCCACGGCAUGUCUGGCUGGAGAUGGUUGUUCAUCAUCGACGGUGUCAUCAGUCUGCCAAUCUCGAUCGCGGGAUACUUCCUCUUCCCCGGUCUGCCUACUAGCCCCAAGGUUUGGUGGCUUACGGAGGCCGAGCAGAAGCUUGCGCAAGCGCGGAUGAGGGAUGAUGGUGUGAAGGAGAGCAAGAAAAUCGGAAAGAGGAUGCUUAAGCGGGUUUUCACCCACUGGCACUUUUAUGUUGCUGUCCUCACCUACGUUUUCUUCCAAUGCACCUCCUAUGUCUCCGGUCAGAUGGCCCUUUGGCUGAAGCACGAAGCGGAUCUUAACGGUACCUGGACCGUGGCUCAGAUCAACACAAUUCCCACUGGUGUACAGGCUAUUGCGAUCGUUGCGGGAGUUCUUGCGACUUCGCUGUGCAUGAUCUACCCAAUUUGGUGCGUCAUGUGCGUCGUGGCUGCAGUCCUCUUCUUUGCAAACCUUUGCUUGUUGAUCUGGGACAUUCCUCUCGGAUUGCACUGUGCUAUGAUGACCUGCGGCUGGAUCUUCUUCAGCUUUUACCCCAUUACCGUCUUCCCUGUCGUCGAAGCUCCAAAGUGGCGCAAGGGCUUCAUCGUCAACACGACGUUCGUUGCAACAUGGUGGGCGCUGUUCAUGCUCGGCCAGUACCUCUGGCGCCGUGAUAUCAAGUUGGGCAAGUACAAGACGACGACCGAGACGAGCAGUGUUCAAGAUGUCAAGGGGGAUGAUAUGAUGCAUAUUGAGGUGUCCAGCGAGAAGGAAACGAAGGUCUAG